UAUCUUCAAGGGGGCGCGGUUGCGCGGCGCUGGCGGUGCAGUUGUGCUGGUUGUGCUGUUUCGCGUGGAUUGGAAACAACUAUCCGCUGUCCCGUCCCGUCACGUUUGGUCCUGUUCACAGCCGUUCGUACGAAAUUUGCAGUGGCGACGGCGACAGCUCUAGGACAGAGGCGACGCCUUCGUUUCUUUCUUUUUUUUCGUUGUCGUCUCUCGGCAUAACUUUCAACUAUGGUGCGGCGUGCACUUCACUUCGUCUUAAAGGUAGGCGACCGUAAAGAGACGAUCAAGUUCUUCAGGGACGUUCUGGGCAUGCGGGUGUUGCGGCAUGAAGAGUUCGAAGACGGCUGUCGCGCUGCUUGUAACGGCCCGUACGACCUGAAUUGGAGCAAAACCAUGAUCGGCUACGGGCCCGAGGUUAGUCACUUCGUUGUGGAACUCACGUACAACUACGGCAUUGGCAGCUAUGCCAAAGGAAACGAUUUCGUGGCUAUGGUCAUCCGCUCGGACAAUGUACUUGAGAAUGCUCGGCGCCACGCCUGGCCUGUGGAGAAGUUUGAAGGCAACGAUGCGCUCAUCGCACCCGGCGGAUACAGGUUUGUGAUAAAGCGGCGCGUCAAGCCCGAUGACACGAAGCGCUUGGAUCCGGUGGAGGAGGUGGUGCUGGCAUCAUCGAACAUCGCACGCACCGUCUCCUAUUGGCACGACCUGCUGGACAUGACUGUUCACGAGCGCUCCGAGAAGGCGGUCACUCUGUCGUACGGCGACGCGCAGUGCCGGCUGCGCUUCGUGCUCAGCGCGGAGCCCAUCGAGCGGGCCAAGGCGUACGGCCGGCUGGCCUUCGAGUGUCCCGCGGCCGAGCUCCCGGACAUCGAGAAGCGGGCAUUGGCAGCUGGCCACAAGGUGCUCACGACGCUCACACGCCUGGACACGCCCGGCAAGGCCACGGUCAGUGUGGUCAUACUGGCUGAUCCGGACGGCCACGAGAUCUGCUUCGUGGAUGCCGAGUCAUUCCGGGUUCUUUCGGCCGUCGACCCUGAUGCCGACCGCUUGCUGCAGAAGGCCAUCGACGAGGACAAAAGCAGCCAGUGGUACCAGGACAUCCACGGCAGCGAGAAGCCUGCGGCCUAAGUCAGGCUUUUGCGCGUUCGCGCCGUCAUCUCGUGAGCUGCACUGCAGAGAAAAACACGUUCGUCUGCGUUAGCGAACAGCCUCGCCCGCCCGUUCUAAUCAGAUAAAAAAAGAAAUUGUUUGGAUUGCA